UUUUGUUCUAUAAAGUUGACAAAAUAACAAAUAAGAAAAUUCUAAAGUUCUGUCGGUUGGCUGCUUCAAAAAUCUUAUUAUACUUAUUUUGCUCGACGUCAUACCAUAACAAUGCACUAGGUUAUGAAUCUUUAUAAAGAACAUCAUGAAGUGGGUGAGAAAUGGUUAAAAAAAAGAAAAUACACCUUUAUUGCUUUCUCUAUGCAUAUGGUUGUAAUAGGAAUGGAGUACAGCCUUACAUUCAUAACUUUAUGGUUGUAUAUUAAAACAAUGUUGAACACAAACAAUCCUAAGUUGUACUAUGCUUUUGCGUCGGUAUCAUUCAUGGUUUCUUCUUCACUUCUGACACCGUUUAUAGGUAGAGUGGUUGAUAAGAGACGAAAUGUUAAUAGCUGUUUUUUAAUAUGCAAUUUGUUAAUGUUUACUGGAAAUUUAGUGUACAGUUUUCAUUUCUCGCCUUUUUUUUUGAUUGGAGGCAGACUAAUUGCAGGAGUAGGUGCAUCUUUGAGAUCUGUGAUUACUAGCGAAACGAUUCGAAGCUACCCACUGUCUGAAACAAGUUCAAAGUUAUCUAUUUUAUCCGGCAUGAGAAAUUUUGGUUUUGUGCUUGCUCCAGGAAUAAACUUUUUUUUUAAAGACAUAAAGUUUGAUAUUGGUCGUUGGCAUCUACGAGAUGUAAAUUUCCCAGGAUUAUUUCUUGCUUUUUUGUGUAUUGUAAUGGAAAUACUUACAAUAACAAUGGUGUAUGAUGUAUCCAAAGAAUUUGAUUUGAAAGCUUAUGCAGAAAGUAAUCAAGCUGUUACAUUUAAUAAAAUCCACGAUAAAGCUGUCAAAAGCGAUAAAUAUGACGAGGAGCAGCCCAUUGUUAAAUACCGAUAUAGCGAAAACAAAGUGGAUGUAUUACAAGACUUUCGAAGGCAUACUGUAAUCAACAUUUUAAAAGUGCUAUUUUUCCAUUUUGAUUCGGCACUUCUAAUGUUUGCUAACUUUUUUUUAGCUUUUUUUUUAUUUAACGCAGAUAUAUGGUUACCAUUAUUAAUAAUAGAAAAAAUGCAACUUUCUAUAUUGGAAAUGAACAUUACCGUUUUUGGCUCAUCCGGAUUUUCUGCUAUAAUUUUGUUGUUAUCAAUGUGGAGACCAUUUUCUGAUAAAAAGAUGAUUUUUUUAUUGAUAGCCAGUUUAGCUUGCUUUUGUAUUAUUGGUGCAGGAUUUAUUAUUCUUACACAUUUUCCAAAUUACAAAACAUUAAAUAUUGUUUUAUGCAUUGUGUACAUGAUAAGUUUUGGAGGUGCAGCUAUAGUAUUUGAUGUCUUUUUUGUUAAUACGCUCGCAAAAAUGGUAAGCUCAAAUGUUCAGACAUUUGUUGAUAGUGUUCGAAAUUCAAUGUUCUCUGCAGGUGCGUUUUUGGCCUUUAGUUGCUCGCCUUUUAUGUUUGAUUAUGUCGAAAUAUUUGGAACAUUUUACGAUGUUAUUAUGGUAAUUAUCGGAAUAAUGUUUCUUGUUAGAAAAAAUCAAUUUAUUUAUCCUAAACUGUUGUUAUGACAAAUAAACAAUAUGGAAGCAGCUAAUAAAAUACUUAACUUAGUAGUAACUAA